CUCCUUCCGGUUCUCGAUGCUUCUCUGAGUCUAAGGGUUUCCGCCGCUCGUCUACCCUUCCCCCCAGCCCAUGACCCGCCUCCGGCCCCCGCCCUCUCAGUCCAACCUCCGAUCUGUUUAGUAAGAAGGCGCCUGUGUCUGGCAGAACCGGUGUGAGACGAAGAGACAAUCCUUCCCAGCUGCCCGGAUAAUCAAGAGUUUUGGCCGGACCUUUGAGCACACACCGAGAUAGUGAGGAGCCAGACGAAAAGCACAGACUAUGGCGCUGAAACGGAUUAAUAAGGAACUUAGUGAUUUGGCCCGUGACCCUCCAGCACAAUGUUCUGCAGGUCCAGUUGGGGAUGAUAUGUUUCAUUGGCAAGCCACAAUUAUGGGACCUAAUGACAGCCCAUAUCAAGGUGGUGUAUUCUUUUUGACAAUUCAUUUUCCUACAGACUACCCCUUCAAACCACCUAAGGUUGCAUUUACAACAAGAAUUUAUCAUCCAAAUAUUAACAGUAAUGGCAGCAUUUGUCUCGAUAUUCUAAGAUCACAGUGGUCUCCUGCUUUAACUAUUUCUAAAGUUCUUUUAUCCAUUUGUUCACUGCUAUGUGAUCCAAACCCAGAUGACCCCCUAGUGCCAGAGAUUGCACGGAUCUAUAAAACAGACAGAGAUAAGUACAAUAGGUUAGCAAGAGAGUGGACAGAGAAAUACGCUAUGUUGUAGGGUACAACAGAAUAUCUCGGGAAUGGACUCAGAAGUAUGCCAUGUGAUGCUACCUUAAAGUCAGAAUAACCUGCAUUAUAGCUGGAAUAAACUUUAAAUUACUGUUCCUUUUUUGAUUUUCUUAUCCGGCUGCUCCCCUAUCAGACCUCAUCUUUUUUAAUUUUAUUUUUUGUUUACCUCCCUCCAUUCAUUCACAUGCUCAUCUGAGAAGACUUAAGUUCUUCCAGCUUUGGACAAUAACUGCUUUUAGAAACUGUAAAGUAGUUACAAGAGAACAGUUGCCCAAGAUUCAGAAUUUUUUAAAAAAUGGAGCAUGUGUAUUAUGUGGCCAAUGUCUUCAUUCUAACUUGGUUAUGAGACUAAAACCAUUCCUCACUGCUCUAACAUGCUGAAGAAUCAUCUGAGGGGGAGGGAGGUGGAUGCUCAGUUGUCACAUCAAAGGAAGCAGCAUUAUUCUAGCAGCAUCCAUUCUUGUUUAAACCUUCCACUGUUAGAGAUUUGAGGUUACAUGAUAUACUUUAUGCUCAUAACUGAUGUGGCUGGAGAAUUGGUAUUGAAUUUAUAGCAUCAGCAGAACAGAAAAUGUGAUGUAUUUUAUGCAUGUCAAUAAAGGAAUGACCUGUUCUUGUUCUACAGAGAAUGGAAAUUGGAAGUCAAACAACCCUUUGUAUUCCAAAAUAGGGUCUCAAACAUUUUGUAAUUUUCAUUUAAAUUGUUAGGAGGCUUGGAGCUAUUAGUUAAUCUAUCUUCCAAUACACUGUUUAAUAUAGCACUGAAUAAAUGAUGCAAGUUGUCAAUGGAUGAGUGAUCAACUAAUAGCUCUGCUAGUAAUUGAUUUAUUUUUCUUCAAUAAAGUUGCAUAAACCAAUGAGUUAGCUGCCUGGAUUAAUCAGUAUGGGAAACAAUCUUUUGUAAAUGCAAAGCUGUUUUUUGUAUAUACUGUUGGGAUUUGCCUCAUUGUUUGACAUCAAAUGAUGAUGUAAAGUUCAAAAGAGUGAAUAUUUUGCCAUGUUCAGUUAAAAGUGCACAGUCUGUUACAGGUUGACACAUUGAUUGACCUGAUUUAUGCAGAAUUAAUAAGCUAUUCAGAUAGUGUAGCUUUAGUAUGCUGCACAAGAUAUUGGCAGCCUGGGAGUUCAUAGGUGGACUUGGGACCCAGCAGUUUUGAAACAUGUAUAUGGAGUUUAAGAAAUUUAUUUUCCAGGUGCAACCCCCAUCUAACUAAAUUUUUUCUUCACCUUGUACACUUGACAGUUGAAAAGACCAUAAUACGGGAGUAAUAAUGGGUCAAAAUUUACAAAAUAAAGUACUGUUUUGGUGUGGGAGUUGUCAUGAGGCUGUGUUGAAGUGACUUAACUAUGUGGGAUAUUGAGUUUUUUAAUGGAUUGAGUAUCCAUUGAAAUGGAUUUGUUCAGCCAUUUACAUUAAUGAGCAUUUAAAUGCAACAGAUAUCAUUUCAGGUGACUUAACAUGAAUGAAUAAAAGUCAAUGCUAUUGGAUUGUU